AUGAUCCUUCACGACGGAAUAAUGCUUGACGAUGGGUCAUCGUACCAGCAAAAGAUGUUCGACAGGGCAGCCGUGCUCUUACAGAAGUUCCCGUUCCGGUUCUUCAACAAAGUUUCCAAAGAGAACGCCGAACGGGCCGGCAACUCGCGCAAAAUGGCGUUUUACUACUCGAAACGUUUCCCAAACAUGUGUAUGAGCUCGUCGUUCUACGACGACGUAAUGAACAUCGCCGAAAUGCACGUGAACUAUUAUAAAUCCCGAUGGUUUGAUUUUGGUGAACUAUAUUCAGAGCCAUCUUUCAAUGAAUCUACAGUUCCAUGGACUAAUCGUCCAGUAUUACGACCAAUACAUACACAAAAUAAUUUUGUUCAUAGUGUCAAUUACAAUUACAAUAACAAUCAGAGGGAUUUAACAAAUAGUCAUACUCUUAAAGUUCAAUUACCCAAUAAACUAGUCACCAUUCUAGUACCAACACCUAGUUCUGUUGAAUCAUUUUCAGCGUCUAGUUCACCAUUAGAUUUUGAAGAGCCUAUUACACCUAUUAAAGUAAUAUCUAAAAAUAAUAACGAUUUUAAAAAGUCACCUGAAGAGAAUAAUAAUAAAAUACAUGUCAUCGAAAAUGAUGAUACUAAAAGUGGCAGCAUUGACUCAGAUAGUUCUAGGUCUGAAACUCCUAUUGAUGAAAAGACUGUAUCAUAUGCAGAAAUCAUCAAAUAUUCCAAACCUACCAAACCAAAACAAUCUGAAAAACCUGAUUAUAAUCUUAUUGAAGAAUCUAGAAAAGAAUCAAUUAAAUCUAAUAGAAUUCCACCAUCUAAAAAAAUAUCAAUUAAGCUGCCUGAUGCUCCAUUUCUACCAAAUAACCAACAUUGUGCAUUUUGUAAAAACAAUGGUGAAGAAGAAUCAGUUUAUAGAACACAUUUUGUUAAAGAUGAACUAGGGAAUGUGAAGUGCCCAUUUUUAUCAAGGUACACGUGUCCACAUUGUAAAGCAACUGGGACUAAAGCACACACUAUUAGUAGAUGUCCAUUAAGUAAUAAAAAUAGAAUUAAUAAAUUCAAUAAACAACAGUGA